CAAGCGAUAGAUAUUGCUCGCAAAAUACCGGAAGCAAACACUGUUGCGCUAACUUCGUCGAUUAUUGGUUUUUUCUUCCUUUACAUUGGCAAGGAUUACAUCAAUCCAACUUUUCAAAAAUUUUUACCAGCUCCAUUUCCGUUUGAGCUCCUUCUGGUUUGCGCGGCAACAGCAGCAUCGUCACAUUUGGAGCUUGAAAAACUCUAUGGUCUUCAAGUCAUCGGCGAAAUUCCCGUAGGAUUUGAUAAAAUCGACUUACCGCGUGUGGAGCUAUUCCCGUACAUGUAUGAAGACGCAGUAGUUAUAGCAAUUGUUGUGAUGGCGGUGCACUUGUCACUGUGUAAGAUGUUCAGUAGGCGACACCAGUACAAAGUGGAUAACAAUCAAGUGUAUAAAUUCGCUGUAGUGGACGACGAAGAAAUAAUUCAAUGUGUCUUUUUGCUUGGUUCAACCUUAUAUGAUACUAUACCUUCAAAAAUAAAAGAUACAAGCCUAAAAAUCACGUGUGUAUUGCCGCAGGCUAUGACAGAUUCUGUCGUCGCUCUUCGCAAGUUUAACAGUGCUCACAGUUAUUUUAUUUUUGGGACCACUGCUUCGCACAUUACCAAUGGUAGGUUGCAUUUUCUUCCAUUGCGGCGAGCCAGCAACGCUGGACGUCUGGCGAAAAUGCUGUCGUUUAAUCUUAUGUGGCUACAACCACCACUUUUGCCACCAGCAGUGUUAUCAGGGGCCGAAAACGCAGUUAGGGGAACAAAUCGAGGCGAAAGCCAGGUGCCACCUUUUGUUCCCGUGUAA